AAGAUAAAAGGAGAGCUGCUGCCUUGUAAACAAAUUUUGCUGUGUUGCUGUUAUGCUCCCAAGUGUAUAGAAUGAAUAAAACUUACUCAUCCAAAACAUAUAUCAUAUUGCUAAACCCUGUUUGAUCAGAUCAUGCAACAUUCAAUCUUAAUAUCCAUUUUAUUCACCUGUCCAUGUUGUUAUUUUUGUUUCACUACCAUCAUACUGAUUGUGAACCACUAAAAAAAUGUAACUAAAGCACAGCAAGGUCACAAAGAAGGUGUGUGCAAAAAAGCAAGAUGGGUGACACAUUAAGAAACACUGAUAGGAAAAUGUUUGUGGAAUUUAGAAGGACAGAGGAGGGUGAGGCCAAAGAAUGGAGGCGGGGAAAAAUAAGAAGUCCUGGGAGGUGAAACUGAAGACGUUGUUUAGCUGUAAGACUAGUUUGUGAGAGAUGAGGUGUGGCUGCACCAAGUACUAAAGCACACAAAGUAACUCAAUUUCCUAGUGAAUUCUAUGAAUGAAGGAUUUCCUGUAGCAAAGUCACUGAUUUGGGACAAGCUAAACCAGUGAGUGAGGCAGGUUUGGACCUGUAUGAAGCUAGCUACCUAGGUGCCUAGACUUUAAUUCCACUGCUGUGGCCAUGUGUCUUAGCUGACAAAUGGAUUUAUCACUAAGCCAACUCAUAUUAAGGUUCUGCUUUUACAAGGUAUGCUUUUAGAAAAGCAGAGCUUCCUGGUAAUAUUGCAUGACUGAGACUGUGACGUGCAGAGGGGCUGAAGUGUGUUUUACGUUCGUACGUCUUGCAGCUACACCAUGUUCUGUUAGAUUACAAAGUGACUACUGGAGCACAGAACAGCGCUCUGAGAGUUCUGGAAAGAAAACAAGGAAGAGACUAAGACAGAAAGGUAGCCAGAAUGACCAAAAUGGGACAACUGGAUACCCAAUAGUUGAAAGUCCUUUGGAAGAAAUACAAAGUCUGCAGAGAUUCACACAGAGCUCACAGCUGGACAUGAAUGGGAAGGUGGUUGGGAAAGGACCUGCCAGCACCACCAGCGAUGUCAACUCCAACUGCCUCGCCAUGGUGACUGAUCUGUCCCUGGAAUCACAGCCCAACGGACGGGCCUCUCGGUCAUCCAAGAAAGCUGUUACAUUUGGGAAGCGAUCUAACUCCAUGCGGAGGAACCCCAAAGCUGAUGUCUCCAAGCAGGGCUGGCUGUACAAGCAGGCGAGCAAUGGGGUAAAACAGUGGAACAAGCGAUGGUUUGUACUGACAGACCGCUGUCUCUUCUAUUAUAAAGACGAGAAAGAGGAAGGAGUGCUGGGGAGUCUCCCGCUCCUCAGCUUCCAGAUCGGGGUGGUCCAGCCUGCAGAUAACAUCACCCGCAAGCACGCCUUUAAGAUGACUUCCCUUAUUGUCUUUUGUGAAGUGGAACAGAAGGAGGCAAAUAGUAAUGGGAGCUUGGGCUUCUGUCUGCAGGCUGAGCACGCCGGCACCCGCACCUACUACUUCAGUGCUGACAGCACAGAAGAGCAAGAGGACUGGGUGCACGCCAUGAGUGAGGCAGCGUGCGUGCAUUUUGUGCCUGUUCUGAGCAGGAACAACUCGGAGAACAUCCCUCCAGCAGGAGGGAACACCAUGGCGGUGACUAAAGGAGCAGAGCUUCACCAGCAUGGCGAGGGCAACAACCAGAGGAUGGAAUCCAGGAAGGCAAAUCGGCAGGAUGCUAAGCCUGGGGUCAAUAAUGUGGAAUCCAAAGAGACCACCAGCCCCACCACACUGCGGACCCCAGACUUAAACAGUAGAGACAGUGGCUUUCAACCAAAUGGGUGGGGAAAAUCUGAGUCUCCCCAUGACCCAGCCUUCCAACCACAGGAAUCACAUGAUCAGAAGGAAAACACAGUGCUGCGCAGGGGAUUUGUGCCAAGGACACAAUCAGAGAGGAUGGCACAGAGAAAAAGCUCCAUGACACAGCUGCAGCAAUGGGUGAACCAGCGUAGGAGCAUGACUGCACAGGAGGAUAUGCGCAGUCCUUCUCACUUCUACACAGUGAACCGAGGCAUGGCUCCUGAAUACUACGGAGUGUACAGUGGCUCCCCUUACGUCGAAGAGUGCCCCUUGUAUCCCCCAGGCAUACGGCCUGAGAGCAUCUGCUCCGUGAUAGCUGGGUUUGAUAAGCUAUCACCCCGGUGGGCAACUGAAGAACGCAGGCGCUCUCUGAUGGAUGGACCCCUCUAUGGGCGUGAGCCCCAGUGGGCAGCUGCCCCACCUGUCCCUCCCCCAGGCUACUAUCAUGGCCAGCUGGAGUCAGCUGAAACGUCCUUGCGAAGCCUGUCCAUGCAACCACGCUCACGCUCUGUGCCACGGUCGCCCUCCGCCUCCUCCCCAGGGCCAUACUCCCCCGGGCCUCGCAACUUCCCAUCACCAGUCCGCUCUCCCAGUGCUCCCUUUGACCGUGGCCCAGGGCGACACCGGGAAGAUCCCAUUUAUGCUGACCCUUCCAUUUAUGGCCUCAGAAGGUCAAUCAGCUCACCCAAGUAUGAGUAUGCCAGAGACAGACGGUCCACUAGCCAAGGAAUGUAUCAUUACAAGUACCCUGGUUCACCUUCUCUGCAUGACAAAAUGAAGGACAUCUUAGACCUCCAGCUUCAGAGGAACCUGGAGUACUUAGACCAGCAGGUGAUGGAGGGCGACCACUUGAUCGGCUUGGUAACCAGAAUGGUGGACCACUCACCCAGAGCCAAAUUCUACCUGCAAGUAAGAGAGGAAGGAUUGUCAGAGAGAGGCAGACUAUGGGCUCAUAACCCUUGCAGGAAACAGGUUCCCCCAUUCCAUAAGGUCUACAGGGACAUUCACCCCUUGUACAAGGCUAAUGAGAUUGAAACUGGCAAAUUACUGGGCCGACUAUGUGACCAGCACAGACUUUUGAAGGAGCAGGAGGCAAUAGUUCAGCGUCUCCGUAUGGAAAAGGAGAGCUUGGAGGGGGCAUUGGUGGCCACACACCAUGAACUGGAGGUGUACAGGAGCCAGCCCUCUGUUACCAGCAAGCUACAGCUGAAGAAGGAGACACUGCAGAACCAGCUCAUCAAUAUUCGUGGAGAACUCUCACAGUCAUCUAGUGCCCUGACCACAACCAGGAUGGAGUUUGAUGCACUAGAGGAUGAAGUUAAUGCUGUUCAUGGUGACCUCUGGGAACAGCUUAACGCUGGUGGGCAGAAUGAGCUGCUGCAUCGGCACAUCCAGAAAGAGUUCUGGAAAAUCCAGGAUGUGCUUGAGGGACUGCAGAAGAACCCAUCCCGGGGCAUGGACACUGCCAAAAACAGAGUGGUCAGCGGAGCAUCCGGAUCCUUCAGCACAAACAGCCCUGCCAGCCCACUGAGUUCUGUCAGUUUCACAAGCCCCCUCAGCCCCUUCUCUCCUGUCUCAGGCUCCCAGAGCUCCCCCUCCAAGCUGGCGGCCAUGGAGCACAAAUUCAACUACCGGUCUGACCUUUCGUCGGUGGAGAAAGUUAACAGUAGUGACUGCCAGAAACUGGAGCAGGAUAGGCAAGCUAAUAUGAACAAAGUUGGUGUAGUUCCCCCCAGAACUAAGUCUCCCACAGAAGACGAACUGAACUCUUAUGAUGCCAUCUAUCGUAGAAAUGGAAACAUUCCCAAUGGGAUUUCAAGGGAGAGACCCAAGAGUGCCGUCUUCCCAGCUGAGGUCAGAUCCAAGAUGAGUGUAGAGGAGCAGAAUGAGAGGAUCAGGAGGAACCAGAGCAACAGCGUGCGGGACAAGAGGCGAAGUCUGAACCUCCCAAGCUCUCAGCCUAUCGAUGGCUUUAAAACAUCCACUAACUAUAGAGUGGUCCGGCGUAGAUUGACAGCACACGAGGUGGACAUCAAAGACCUGGAGGCAGCAGUGCGGGGAGAGGGGGUAGAAUCACCCCGGGAGGAGAUUGCACGGUUGCGACGGCUCCAGAUUGAGCCUGAUGCAUACAACAUGGGCCUAAAUAAGGAGCUGUCAGCACCAGAAAAGGUUCUGAUUCCAGAACGGUACUUGGACGUAGAACCCAGCACACCUCUGAGUCCUGAGGAGGAGCGAGAGAAGCAAAAGAAGGUGGAGCGGAUCAAGACACUAAUUGCCAAAUCAAACAUGCAGAACGUUGUCCCCCUUCUGGAUGGCCCUGCCGAGAGCCGAGAGACUGAUCCAGAACAGCAACUUCAGGAACAGGAGAAGCGAAUUGAGAUCUCUUGUGCUUUAGCUGCCGAAGCAUCCCGACGCAGCCGACUCCUGUCCGCUCAGUGCGCCUUGAGCCCCUCUGCCUCCCCUACCAGCUUGGCCCCUCUCCCCUCUGCUAACUUCUCUGACUCCUCUCAGAUCAUGAAGGUGUGAGUCUGUGAAGCCCAGGCUUUGGCUGCUGUGAAGUUCAAUGGAGCAUCAUUCUGAAAAUUGAAAAUAUGGAUAGAUUCUUAAAUAUUCUUUUUCCCAGAGUAUAUUUUUUUAGUCAGUCAUUUUACAGCAGUAAGAGAGAAUAGAAUUUAUGUUCUGUGUGACUGCUUUCAAGACGUGGUGAACACGAGAAGUACCAGUUUCUAAAUUGCAGUAGAAGCAACAACUUCCCUUCUUUAUGACCCACAUAUUCUCCAUUUAAGUGCAGUCACGCCCAUCUUGCCUGCCAAGUUAAAAUUGUCAGGCUGAAUAGUUUCCAUACUGCAAACUUCAGACUGUUUGGAAUGGAACUAUGAAGCCAUUUAUAAAGCUGAAAUUAGCGAGAGAGAUGCAGGGUGAUUCUGAUAGUGUGCUGAAAUCUCAGCUUGUAUUACACAGUAUCCCAGCUCAGGGUGGUGGUCAGGUGAGGAAGCUGCAUCUAUCACUAAUUAGUAAAGGAUCCAGGUGGAGUUGGACAAUGCUGUAAAUCAAAAUUCACAGAGGAACCGAAGAGUGCAGAAGGUUGGGGGAAGUCUUCAGCUUGAGACGGAUGAGAUGAACCAGUGGCGACUCAGACGCAGGCUCCAGAAACAGUUGCUGAAGUGCAUUUGAAACCUGGGACAGUUGUUGACUGUGUGGCCAGUUGAACCAAAUGCCCAUUCCUGUGGCUGCUUAGACUGGGGAAAGAAGACCCAUCUACUGACUUGCAGCACAUGCAUGUGGGCACAGACUUCUACACUUCAUUAGCAGCCCCUGCUCAUGCUCAAAUGUGGAGUGCACACCUUGUGGACACCAAACACACUGUGACACAUUUCAGCACCCCUUGUUAUAUCUUCUCUGCAUAGGGCUUGUUGUGGACAUUUCAUACGUGCACAGUCUGGUAUCAUCCCAGCACUGUGUGUGUGUGUGUGUGUGUGUGUGUGUGUGUGUGUGUAUGUAAAUAUAUGCACACACCUAAAUAUAAGACAUUUGCUUGUAAAACUUACCUUUGCAUCAAAGUAAGUAUUCUUCUAUGAUACCCACAGUUAUAUUCUUAGUUUGAGAAAAUGCAUAGAUUGUGAACUGGGGUUUUGGGGUAAAAAGAAGUGACCUUAGAAGUGUAAUAUUGCUAGUUAAAUCACAGAUUUGUCCACCUUCCAAUGGGUCAGCAAUUUGUCUACCACAUAGUUCAUUCUUUAAAUACCUUCUCAUUAUUUGUUAAGGUCUCUCUCUCUCUCUCUCU